UAAACCAAAUUUCCUGACGCGACCGCUUUUAUCCUUUUUCCACUAAUUACAGGCUUUGAUUUCUCAAUGAAAACACGAGCUGUGCUCUGCGGACACUAUCGGUACCUAUCCGGUGGGAAUGUGACGGUUCAUAUGUUUUAAUUAAGGAGACAUUUAGAUACAUCAGAAUGAUACAAAACAAACAAAUGACAUGAAAUCUGACUGCAGCUGCAGACAAGUCAAGGUACCGUUAGCGAGCUCGGACGAAUUGACAGUUACCGUGCACGAGAAGGUGACAAAGGGAAACCUUUGACGUUAAACCACCCGCAGGUACGACACCUAAGCUGAACACUCGAGCACCAUUUCCGGGCUCGUCACGUCGGCUAUAGUGGAGCGGGACGUCGGUGUGAGGGGCGCGGGCAGCGGAGCGGUGUCGGUGAACAUUCCCGGACGGCUGGAGGACAGCAUGGCUGCUGGGAAGCCCGUCUCGAUGUGGGACAACAUGCGGAUACGGUUCAUCGUGUGCUUCCUCGGAGUCUUCGUGUGUUACUUUUACUACGGGAUAUUACAAGAGACCAUCACUCGAGGUGAUUACAGUCAGGGAGACCAAAAGGAGAAGUUCAGAUUCGCCCGGACGUUGGUCUUCAUCCAGUGCGUUGUCAGUGCUCUGUUUGCUAAGAUCUUAAUCAUUUUCUUUGAGGGCUCCAAGCCGGAUCACACCAAGAGCUGGCUCUAUGGGCUGUGCUCGCUCUCUUAUCUUGGAGCCAUGGUGUCCAGUAACUCCGCCCUUCAGUAUAUCAACUACCCCACACAGGUGUUGGGUAAAUCCUGCAAGUCCAUACCAGUGAUGAUCCUUGGUGUGACAAUACUGAGGAAGAAGUACCCGCUGACUAAGUAUCUGUGUGUGCUGCUUAUUGUGAGCGGUGUAGCGAUGUUCCUCUACAAACCCAACAAGAGCUCAGCUGUUGCAGAUGACCAUGUUUUUGGGUUUGGAGAGAUUCUGUUGCUCGUCUCUCUGACAUUGGACGGUUUGACUGGCGUGGCCCAGGACCACAUGAGGUCUCGCUUCCAGACGAGUGCCAACCACAUGAUGCUGAACAUCAACCUGUGGUCCACUCUGGUGCUGGGGCUAGCGGUACUGUCGACGGGGGAGAUAUGGGAGUUCCUGAGUUUUACCGAACGCCACCCGAGCAUCAUCUAUAAUAUUCUUCUGUUCGGAGUGACCAGUGCUUCAGGCCAGACCUUCAUCUUCAUGACGGUAGUGUACUUUGGGCCUCUGACCUGCUCCAUCGUCACCACCACCAGGAAGUUCUUCACCAUCCUCGGCUCCGUUAUUCUGUUUGGCAACGUCAUGACCACGAUGCAGUGGUUCGGCACCAUCCUCGUGUUCCUCGGUCUCGGAGUUGAUGCUAAUUUUGGCAAAACCCCCAAGAAGACGACGCACUAAAACAUCUGGAGCGCACAAGAGAAAGGCAAAUGGAAACACUCUGUAACGAGUGUCUUAUUUCCAUAAGAUGUCCUUUACAGGCACACUGUAUGUGCCUAUGAAUUGUUCAAGUAUGGUCAGAUAUUUAACUCAACUGUAUUUAAAAGAGACUCCAGCUUCUGUUAUAUACUGUUGAUGUAUCGAAGAGACACCUGAAGGAACUAUGACAAGCCAUUAACAUUUUUUUUUUUUUUUUUUUUUUUUUUUUUUUGGACCACACUUUUGUAGAGUAUUUGGACAGGUUGAAAGACAAAGGGGGGACAAUACUGUAUUUAGAGAAAUAUUUUAUGUUUCUGAAACCAGCUCACCUCCCUUGGAUGGAUAUCGAAACUAAGUAAGGCUUGGUUUACAAAGUGUUGCUUGAAUAUGUGUAAUCAUCACAUAUAUAGUUUAUUUCUUGGCAAACAAUCGGCCAAGUAUCAUUUCAUUUAUAAAAUAUAAAUGGUUGUAUGUAGCCUGUUGUGUUAUGUCCAGUCUUACUAUUGAAUUGUUUUUACUCCUUAUUUUCUACAAGGGGAAAAUAACUUACCAUUAAAGGGAAAUUGUGAUA